AUGGUUCACACGUCCAACUCAGGACCUGGGGGAACUCAAUUCCCGUCUGGAUGUCAUUCAGUUUUUUCUGCUGCCCCAGAAUCUGGACAUGGCUCAGAUGCUGCAUCGGCUUAUGAGCAACAUCAAGAAUGUGCCUCUGAUUCUGAAACGCAUGAAGUUGUCCCACACCAAAGUCAGUGACUGGCAGGUUCUGUACAAGACUGUGUACAGUGCCCUAGGCUUGAGGGAUGCCUGCCGCUCCCUACCCCAGUCCAUCCAGCUUUUUCGGGACAUUGCUCAAGAGUUCUCUGAUGACCUGCACCACAUUGCCAGCCUCAUUGGGAAAGUGGUGGACUUUGAGGGCAGUCUUUCUGAAAAUCGCUUCACAGUCCUCCCCAACAUAGAUCCUCAAAUUGAUGAGAAAAAACGAAGACUAAUGGGUCUUCCCAGUUUCCUCACUGAAGUUGCUAGGAAGGAGCUGGAGAAUCUGGACUCUCGUAUUCCUUCAUGCAGUGUCAUCUACAUCCCUCUGAUUGGCUUCCUUCUUUCUAUUUCCCGCCUGCCUUUUAUGACAGAAGCCAGUGACUUCGAGAUUGAGGGACUGGACUUCAUGUUUCUUUCAGAAGAGAAGUUGCAUUAUCGUAGUGCUCGAACCAAGGAGCUGGAUGCAUUGCUGGGGGACCUGCACUGUGAGAUUCGGGACCAAGAGACCCUGCUGAUGCACCAGUUACAGUGCCAGGUGCUGGCACGGGCAGCUGUCUUGACCCCAGUAUUGGACCUUGCCUCCCGCCUGGAUGUUCUGCUGGCUCUUGCCAGUGCUGCCCGGGACUAUGGCUACUCAAGGCCCCAUUACUCCCCUCAACUCCAUGGAGUACGAAUCCAAAAUGGCAGACAUCCUCUCAUGGAACUGUGUGCACGAACCUUCGUGCCCAACUCCACAGAAUGCAGUGGGGACAAAGGGAGGAUCAAAGUCAUUACUGGACCCAACUCCUCAGGGAAAAGCAUAUACCUCAAACAGGUUGGCUUGAUCACCUUCAUGGCCCUGGUGGGCAGUUUCGUGCCAGCAGAAGAAGCUGAAAUUGGGACAGUAGAUGCCAUCUUCACCCGAAUUCAUAGCUGCGAAUCUGUCUCUCUUGGUCUCUCCACUUUCAUGAUUGACCUCAACCAGGUGGCGAAAGCAGUGAAUAAUGCCACUGAGCAGUCUCUGGUCCUUAUUGAUGAAUUUGGAAAGGGAACCAACACGGUGGAUGGUCUUGCACUUCUGGCUGCUGUGCUCCGACACUGGCUGGCACUUGGACCCAUGUGCCCUCACAUCUUUGUAGCCACCAAUUUCCUGAGCCUUGUUCAGCUACAGCUGCUGCCACAAGGGCCCCUGGUGCACUAUUUGACCAUGGAGACCUGUGAGGAUGGAAACGACCUUGUCUUCUUCUAUCAGGUUUGCGAAGGUGUUGCCAGUGCCAGCCAUGCCUCCCACACAGCUGCUCAGGCUGGGCUCCCUGACAAACUCAUUGCUCGUGGCAAAGAGGUAUCUGAUUUGAUCCGCAGUGGAAAACCUAUCCAGCCAGUCAAGGAGUUGCUAAAAGAGAAACAAAUGGAAAAUUGCCAGACAUUAGUGGAUAAGUUUCUGAAACUGGAUUUGGAAGAUCCCAGCCUGGACUUGGACAUUUUCAUGAGUCAGGAAGUGCUGCCUGCUGCUACCACCAUCCUCUGAGUCUGUCUUCUGCCCUUCCCAACUACCUGAGACUCCAAGGACUUCCAUGCUCUUUUUGUUUCCUUAUCUCCUUCAGACCAGACAUCUUAGUUUGCCCAGAAAUUUUGUUUCAUAUUAGGAAUAAAGUUUAUUUUGGAU